AUGGGGGGGACGCUGGCGCUGGCGCUGCCCCCGGGGAAGGGACCUCACCAGGUGGGCUGCGCGGAUGUCAUGGUGGGCCACGCGCGGCAGGGACUCUUCCUCCGCCUCUUCUACCCCUGCCUACCCCGGGCAGGGGCCGAGCGGCCGCUCUGGAUUCCACGCUACGAGUACUGCCGUGGGCUGGCCGACUUCACCCGCCGCAGCCGGCGCUGGUGCGCGCCCCUGUUCAGCAUCGCCAUCGGCUCCUGCAAAGUGCCGGUGAGCUGGAACGGCCCUUUCAAGCCCUGCAGCAGCGGGUACCCACUGAUCAUCUUCUCCCACGGCCUGGGAGCCUUUCGGACCCUGUACUCCUCGGUCUGCUCGGAGCUGGCAUCCUGGGGUUUCACGGUGGCGGCACUGGAGCACAGGGACCAUUCUGCCUCUGCGACGUAUUUCUGCAAAGCAGAGGCUGGGAGAGAGGAGUGGAUCCCCUACCAACGGGUGCCCCAAGGGCAGAAGGAGUUUUAUUUCCGAAACAAGCAGGUUCAUCAGAGAGCGGAGGAAUGUGUGCGAGCACUCCGGCUCUUCGAGGACAUCCGCAGUGGUAAAUCUGUCCUGAACGUCCUUCACCAGGACUUUGAUCUCUCUGUGCUGAAGGACAGCGUUGAUCUGACCAAAGUCGCUGUCAUGGGCCAUUCCUUUGGCGGGGUGACAGCAGUGCUGGCCUUGGUGAAAGAGCCCAGCUUCAGGUGUGCGGUGGCUCUGGAUGCCUGGAUGUUCCCCCUGGAGAACGCACUGUACCCGGAGGUGCCCAAGCCCGUGCUCUUCAUCAAUACCGAGAAGUUCCAGACACCAGAAAGCAUUGCCAAAAUGAAGAGACUGAGCUCCAGAAACAGGCAGACGAAGAUUAUAACCAUCCUGGGAUCUGUGCACCAGAGCCAGACCGACUUCACCUUUCUCACUGGGAAACUCAUCAACCGCUUCCUUGGCCUGAGGGGGACCCUCGACCCCUACAAGGGUCUGGACAUCACCAGCCGGGCAGCUCUGGCCUUCCUGCAAAGGCAUCUCAACCUGGAAGAGGAGUUCGAUCAAUGGGACAACCUCCUUGAAGGCAUCGGAGACUCAGUUGUUCCAGAAGCACCGUUCUGCCACUCCAAGCUGUAG